UGGAGAAGUUUGCCGGUCCAAAAUGGGUUUGGGACAGAAUCGGGUGCGUUUGCUGUGUAUGCUGUCUUUAACGCUUGUGUUUUUCAUUGUUGAAGUUGUAGUAAGCAGGAUAACUGCGUCUCUCGCAAUGUUGUCAGACUCUUUUCACAUGCUCUCGGAUGUAAUAGCUUUGGUAGUGGCUUUUAUCGCGGUGAGUUUUGCGGAGACAACUCGUGCCACAAGUAAAAACACAUAUGGAUGGAUCCGCGCAGAAGUGAUGGGAGCUUUAGUUAACGCCGUGUUUUUGACGGCCCUCUGCUUCACUAUUCUGUUAGAAGCCACUGAGCGCUUCACGCUGCCUCACGAGAUCGAGAAUCCACGCGUGGUCAUUUGGGUUGGCGUUGCUGGUCUCCUGGUGAAUGUACUCGGUCUUUUCCUGUUCCACGGACGUCUUGGAACAACUGGAAAUAUUGUAAAAUUUGCACACACACACUCUCAUGGUGGUCACUCUCAUCUUCACCAGACAAAUCGCAGAGAGUUUGAAAAACCAAAGGCACAUGAAGAAGCAUACAAUCUCAUGAUAAACAGCAACAGUUCUCAAGGAUACCAAACUUCUGAGCUGAAAUCAGACAGCCUAAACAUCAAAAUCACUGCUAAGGGCUCAUUGGAGGACUUGGAUCACAGUUCUGGGUCGACCUCCCAGAUGAACAUGCGUGGGGUGUUCCUGCACGCGCUCGGUGACGCGUUAGGGUCCGUCAUUGUGGUAGUCAACGCCUUGAUCUUCACUUUUGUGUGGACGCCAUGCCACAGUAACACAGUCUGCUUCAACCCCUGCCGUAGCAGCCACUUGACUGAACACCAACAUGUUGAUACCACAGUCCUGAGCAUAUCCAACUGUCAGAACAGAACUGUCUCUGUGGCCGGACCAUGCUGGGUGCUUUACCUGGACCCAACCUUAUGUCUAAUAUUGGUGUGUAUUUUGCUCUACACAACUUUCCCUCUCCUAAAGGAGUCGGCUCUGAUUCUCCUACAAACAGUACCCAAACAAAUCGAUAUGCACAAGCUGAAUGGGAAACUAAGGAGCUUGGAUGGAGUUAUGGCCGUUCAUGACCUGCAUAUCUGGCAGCUGGCUGGGUCUCGCAUUAUUGCAACCGCUCACAUCAAAUGCACGGAUCCAGCUUCUUACAUGGACAUAGCCAAACGCAUUAAAGACUUCUUCCAUGAUGAAGGCAUCCAUGCUACUACUGUUCAGCCAGAAUUUUCUCCCAUUUCUGAAGGAUCUGGUGACUCCCAGUGUGAGCUUUCCUGUCGAAGUCAAUGCAAACCCAAGCUAUGUUGUAAUCCGACUAAAAGGGCUAAGCCAGAGUUGGAGUUGACCAAGAGUAAAGAAAAGCCCUGCAGGCACACUGUAGGAUGGGCUGAUCGGAAAGAAGUGGAGGAUACUGUACAUACGGAGAUGGAAUCAACGGUUUAGAUCAAGAAGGAUAUUAUAUUGCAUGAGUUGCACACGUCCAACUUGCUCAUAGCUGAUUGUUGCAGGAAAUGUGUCAUAUUUGGGGAAUUGUCUGGACUAUUUCAAAUCUGCUUAUUGCAGAUGUAUGUCUCAGAGAGAUAUGUUUGUUAAACCCAACAGCAUUAGAUUCCAUGCUGUGUUCUUUAAACCUGAUAUAUAAAAACUCAAUGCAACUUUAUCCACAUUAUGUAUGUUGGUUCUUAUUUAUUGCUAGAUAGAUAGAUAUUAAAGGUCACUUUACAUAUUUACAA